AGCGUGGUCCAGCAUUUUUAGACAGUUUUCAAACCGGCAUUGUCAGGAGGUGACAAAAUCUUCGUUAAAAAUAUUGUUUCUCCCAAAUAACUAGCAAUGAAAUACUUUUUAUUGCUAGGCGUCGGCCUCCUGUUUCUCUCAGGAGGCGCGCGCGGCCAGGAGGGCGUGGGCUCGGUGGAGGAGCUGACGGUGGACGCCGACCUGGGCGCCUCGCGCGAGGGCUCGCGGACUGACGCGGAGGCGCUGCUGCGCGAGGAGGAGGCCAUCUCGCCGGACGGGCUCAGCGUGGCGCAGCUGCGCGAGCUGCGCGACCGCGCGCAGAACUUCACCUUCCAGACCGAGGUCAACCGCAUGAUGAAGCUCAUCAUCAACUCGCUCUACAAGAACAAGGAGAUCUUCCUCCGCGAGUUGAUCUCGAACGGCUCGGACGCGCUGGACAAGAUCCGGCUGCUGUCGCUGACGGACCGCGACGUGCUGGAGCGCAACCCCGAGCUCAGCAUCCGCAUCAAGGCCGAGCCCGAGCGCCGCCUGCUGCACAUCGUGGACUCGGGCGUGGGCAUGACGCGCCACGACCUCGUCAACAACCUCGGCACCAUCGCCAAGUCCGGCACCGCCGACUUCCUCUCCAAGAUGCAGGACGCCGAGAAGUCGAACGCGCAGGAGAUGAACGACAUGAUCGGCCAGUUCGGCGUGGGCUUCUACUCCGCCUUCCUGGUGGCCGACAAGGUGUCGGUGGCGUCCAAGCACAACGACGACGCGCAGCACUUCUGGGAGUCCGACGCCAGCUCCUUCAGCGUGGCGCCCGACCCGCGCGGCGACACGCUCAAGCGCGGCACGCACAUCACCCUGCACAUGAAGGAGGAGGCGGCCGACUACCUGCAGCCCGACACCAUCCGCGCGCUGGUCAAGAAGUACUCGCAGUUCAUCAACUUCCCCAUCUACCUGUGGGCCUCGCGCACCGAGACCGUUGAGGAGCCGGCCGAGCUCGAGGCCGACGCCGACGACGACGCGCAGGUGGAGGACGCCGAGGACAAGGACAAGGAGACCAAGAAGACCGAGAAGACCGUGUGGGACUGGGAGCUCAUGAACGACAACAAGCCCAUCUGGACGCGCAAGCCCAGCGACGUGGCCGACGACGAGUACACCUCCUUCUACCGCACGCUCACCAAGGACUCGUCGCCGCCGCUCGCCAGGGCGCACUUCGUGGCGGAGGGCGAGGUGACGUUCCGCGCGCUGCUGUUCGUGCCGCGCGUGCAGCCCGCCGACAGCUUCAACCGCUACGGCACCAGCACCGACAGCAUCAAGCUCUACGUGCGCCGCGUCUUCAUCACCGACGAGUUCAACGACCUCAUGCCCAACUACCUCGCCUUCAUCCAGGGCAUCGUGGACAGCGACGACCUGCCGCUCAACGUGUCGCGCGAGACGCUGCAGCAGCACAAGCUCAUCAAGAUCAUCAAGAAGAAGCUCGUGCGCAAGGCGCUCGACAUGCUCAAGAAGAUCCCUGACGACGAAUACCCGCACUUCUGGAAGGAGUACUCCACCAACAUCAAGCUGGGCGUGAUGGAGGACCCCAGCAACCGCUCGCGCCUGGCCAAGCUGCUGCGCUUCCACUCGUCGCGCGGCGACGACAUGACGUUCCUGGCCGACUACGUGGCGCGCAUGCGGCCCGGCCAGGCGCACAUCUACUACGUGGCCGGCACCAGCCUGGCCGAGGUGCGGCGCUCGCCCUUCGCCGAGCGGCUCGAGGCGCGCGGCUACGAGGUGCUGUACCUCACCGAGGCCGUGGACGAGUACUGCCUGUCCUCGCUGCCCGAGUACGACGGCAAGAAGUUCCAGAACAUCGCCAAGGAGAUCUUCGACCUCGAAGACAGCCCCGCGCAGAAGGAGCAGUUCGAGGCGCACAAGAAGCAGUAUGAGCCGCUGACGCGCUGGCUGGCGCAGAAGCUGGACGCGCACAUCACGCGCGCCGUCGUGUCGCGCCGCCUCGCGCGCUCGCCCGCCGCGCUCGCCGCCACCGCCUUCGGCUGGACCGGCAACAUGGAGCGCCUGGCGCUCUCCAACGCGCACCAGAAGGCGGACGACGCGCAGCGCAAGCACCACCUGAUGCAGAAGAAGCUGCUGGAGAUCAACCCGCGCCACCCCGUGGUCGCGGAGCUGCUGCGCCGCGUGACCGACGACCCCGACGGCGCCGCCGCGCUGCAGGCCGCCGAGACGCUGUACCGCACGGCCGCGCUGAGGUCGGGCUACAUGCUGCAGGAGGGGCAGGCGGUGCAGUUCGCGGAGAGCGUGGAGGCGAUGCUGCAGGCGGCGCUGGGGCUGCCGCCGGGCGCGCGCGCCGAGCCCGAGCCCGACGACGAGCCCGCGCCCGCCGACGCCGACGCCGACGCCGACGCAGAGGACGUGCCGGCCGAGGACCACGACGAGCUGUAAGCACGGAGGAGGUAUCGAACUAGGUUAAUUUUUAGGGACCGUACUGAAAUUCGAGCGCGUGGUCGUGGCGCUCCUUCCUGCAUUUACGUUUAUAUUCGGUGGAUGAGUGCGCGUGUGUGCGUU